AUGGCUCUCGAACCAAUUGACUACACCACGCAUUGCCAUGCCAUUGAGGAUGCUUUCCAGAAAGUUGUCCGGGCUUCAGACGAUGAAAUUGACUGGCUAAUUCUUACACCAAAUGGACAGAAACAAUAUGUUCCGGAAAAGUUGGGCAGUGGGUUUAGCGAGUUUCUAGGAUCAUUUGAAGAAUCCAAAGUGGAAUACGGACUUGCCCGAGUGAGUCCUCCGGGUUCUGACGUCCAAAAACUGGUUUUGGUCGGAUGGUGUCCCGAUAAUGCGCCUUUAAAGACAAGAGCGUCUUUUGCAUCUAAUUUUGGCGUUGUGGCCAAUCAGGUCUUAAAAAGCUACCAUAUUCAGGUCACUGCGCGGGACGAGGAUGAUUUGGAUGAAAAAGAGCUUUUGAAUAAGGUGAGUAACGCUGCAGGGGCCCGCUAUUCGAUCCAAAACGAGAUCCCCACAAAAACGAGCUCUGCUCCAAAACCACGUCCUUCAAGUGUGCCAAAAAAGCCAGAAACUACAACACCCAAGCCUGCUGUGAGUAAGGAGCCUGUCACAGUGCCCAAAAAUGAGCCCACCAAGACUUCAGCUGGCGAUGAUGAUUGGGACGAACCUGAGGUUGAAGAACGCGACUUAGAUGCCAAUCCACUCAAACCAAACAAAUCAUCCUGGAACCCUGUAGGAAAAGUUGACUUGCAAAAGCUGGUGGCUGAAGAAAAUUCGAAGGCAGAUCCUCGUUUGGUGAACACGGUGAAGGCUGAAUCCCCAUCCAAGCUCAACCCAAAGGAUGAUAUCGAAAAACUGAGACAACAAUCUAAAGCGCAACGGGACGCUGAGAUGAAGAAAUAUCUUGGAACAAAGCCCCCAUCCGUCGUGCUACCCAAAAAGAGCGAUGACAUGGUUGUGAAGGGAUUCCAAAAUGAGAAAUCUCCAGCUCAACUUUGGGCUGAAAAACACCAACAAAAAACUGACUUGAGUAUCGAGAAAGCAUCUUCUGAAGUCGAGAAGCCUGAUCAGACUAGCGAAAAGGAAGAAAAUGACGAAGCUGCUCCAGAAGUUUCUGACAUCAAGAGCAAGUUCGAAAAAUUGAACACUGCAGAACCUGCAAUUAUCAAGCCAGGUCAGGUUAGAAGCCCUCCUCCCAGCACUGAUGCGAAAACAUCAGUACCCACUGGUCUCUCCGCGGGGCCCAAGAAACUCAUAGGAAAUCCCCUACCGGGCAUGCAAAAGGAAAUCGAUAGUGAUUCUGGAGAAGAACGGGCUGACGAUGACGACGAUUGGGAUGAUGAUGAAGAUGAUGAUAACAAGGCCACGGCGACGAUCUCUGCCCCUCCUACGCAGUCAAGACCCGCUGCUCCCGCACCUGCCCCACGCCCUGUUGUGCAGUCUAGGGUUUCCGGAAAAGAGUCUUCCCCAGAGCCAUCUCCAAAGCCUACGGAAGCAAUGCCACCUGCUUUGCCUACACGCUCCAGUGAGUCUACAUUUGUGCCACCUCCACCUCCACGCAGAAACGUGCCUGUAACCGCUGAGAAGGAGAAAGAACCUGAACAGCCUGCCGAAGAAUCUGAACCGGAGCAGCCAGAAGAAUUUGAAAAGCCAGCUUCUACUAAACAAGAAAAAUUACCUUCUGCGAUUGCUGAGUACGAUAACGAAGCAGAAGAGCAUAAUGAGCUUGCCUUCAGCGAGGGCGACAAGAUCGUCAACAUUGUUUUUGUUGACGAUGAAUGGUGGUUAGGUGAGCUCGAAACUACUGGCGAGAAAGGUCUGUUCCCAAGCAAUUAUGUUCAAUUGGUCGAUUAG